AACCGCAUCGAGCAUUGUUCCACUGUCCAUGCACCGGCAGGAUCCUAUAAAAGAACAGCGCGUCUGUAGAUUGAUCUCACUGAACUUUGACCAGUACGACAGCCAUCUCCCCAAGGCUUCUACGCACCCGCGCGCCCUCCACCCCAAUCAACUUGCAUUCCAUCCUACCCACAUCCUACCUACGAAUGGAUCACUUCACUGACGUCUUCGCCACCACCGAAGUGGCGUCCCCAGCAUUUGAAUUUGAUAUUCCGAUGCAGUCCCCCGUGCCCUGCGACCAAGAUGCACCUCAAAUCGAUGGCUUCAACUCAAAUUGCGUCAUAGCCUGAGCAACUCACGUCUUCAACCAUUGGAUCUUACCCAGCUUUUCCGCAUGAUAUCGUGCCGACUGUCUUUACUUCUUGUCCUUUGUCUUCGCAGCGUCGGCUCUCGGUGCCUUCAGCCACCCUCAUUCUUUCUAUUACAUUUCCUUCUGAAUUACAAGUGUCCUGUAUCCUGUAGUGCAUCAUAUGCUGUAGUGCAUCGUCUCAUAUGUUGUUAAGGUCUCCAACCAAUAUACUUAUUGCUUUUGUAUGCGCACA